UGAGAAUUUUAAAUUGCUUCAUUAUUUAGUGUUACAAGAAGGAGAUUUUUCUUGUUUUAAUUUUUUUAAAUGUUACUUUCAACGCUUUAUACAACAGAAGAAAGAUUGCAAUAGUACAUUGAUGCUAUCGCAAAUUUGAAACGUUGCAAAGGGAAAUCGCUUAUAGAGAGAAACAGUUCAGAAUGAGGACAGCGGAUAAAGUGUUCACAGUUGCGUUGCUAGCAUAUUUUAUUCCAUGCUAUACUUGAGUUUUACAUAAUAUCAAGCCAAAUCCAGUUUCGAGCAUUUCAUCAAAGGUUAUCAACAGUACGUGCAUUCAGGUAUUUUGGAAUACAAGUGAUUCGGAGCCACAGCAUCCUAAAGAACAUAGAAUUAUUGUAUUCAGUAAAUGGGAUAAUUUUACGAUGACUUUUAAAACAUCUGAGACCACUGAGCAAUUUCCACACAGUCGGACCUUUUGCAACCUACAUCCAUACACUGAAUAUACAUUUAGUGUAAGUAUACAGCCGAUUGGCCUCUACUCAGGCUUUUUCAGUGACGAGACAAAAAGUGUAUCAAGGACGUUCUCUGACAUUCCAAGUGCAAGUCCAGAGUUGAUAGAAGGGGGCUAUAGCUCUAAUCAAAGAGGCUGUGAUAAAGGUUGUCAGAGAGUUGUUUGCAUAUUUUGGAAGUCAAUCAAGGAAGAACAUAAGAAUGGACAAAUGAGGAGUGUCCAGGGUCUGUUUACUGCCAUUAAUGCGAAAAUACCACCUCUACAAGAUGACUGGGCCACAGAUUCCACGUAUAGUUGCUCCUAUUUAUUGUGUAACACAAACUAUAACUACACUAUUAAGGCCAGGAAUGUAAAUGGUACAUCAGACAAUGGCUCGACAAUCACAAUACCAUCAUUUAAUCCAGGGAAUAUGCCGCCACAAUUUGUAGUGGAAUCAACUAAUACAUCAGAAGUUUACAUCAGCCUUGACCAACGAGAAGAUCGCCAUACCAAACAGUAUAUUGUAGCGUGGUGCCGAAAUAAAAAUAGAGAUUGUCAGCCAGGUGAUGAGUUCAGUUGGAAACACUUUCCUUCAAACACAACAGAAGCCGUUUUACAUAUAAAAUCAUCACAGGACUUUUUGUACGGUGUUAGUGUAUUAACAGAGGAUGGAAGCAGUGGUGUAUCGUGGCAGGAUUGUGUAUAUCAGAAAAAUAUACCCCCAAAGAGGGAGCCUCAGAAUGUUGUGGUGUCGGCGGGAUCUGAUGAUAACACACUGGUUGUCAAGUGGGAUAAACUGGCAUGUGAAUCAAAUGAGCCAUACAUAGCCAUGUACAAUGUGCAAUUCAACAAAUUAGAUGAUAUAAAUCGGAAAUCUAUCAAUGUGGCUGAGUCGGACGAAGCGAGAGUGGUGUUAAGAGACAUGGAGGAAGAUCAAACUUAUCUUGUGACGGUGAGAGGAAUCACAAAAGAUGGACGUUAUGGACCUGAGAGUCAACCUCAGAAAGGCGUACCAGUAAAAAAAAGUUUAAAACCAACGGUAAUAGUAGGAAUAUCCGUGGCUGCGCUAGUAUGUGCAAUAUUUGCGGGAGUUGGACUUUUCUGUAUAGUCAGGGUAUGUAAAAUGAAACCAAAGAAAGCUAUAGAAGAAGCGGGAAAUAUUACCAUUCCUGAGAUGCCUGACUUAGUAUUCAACAAUGAUCGUCAAAACAGUUACGACAUUGGAUAUGAUAUGACACCACCACCUGAAAAAAGUAAGAACGCAAUACAGUUAGGCAGCUCAGAAUUUGUUCAACUCUACGACUGUCGCGUUGCAGACUAUGGUGAAACAACUAUCGGCUAUAGCGAAUUGAUUUUAGGUCAUUGUGAAACAAUAACAGACCAUGGUGAAACACCUUUUGUCCAUGUUAAACAUACAAGGUACCAAAGUGAAACAACGAUAGGCAAUGGUAGAUCUAUAAGCCAUAAAGAAGCAACUAAAGACCAUGGUGAACAAAAUAUCGGAUAUGGGGAAACGACGAAUGGUAAAGAAACUAUAGGCAGUGGUGAAAAUACAGGCACUCCCACUAAAACAGAUGAUCUUGAAUCUGAACCGAUUCAUCAAAACUCUGACCAACCCGAAAGGCUUGCAUCCAAAAGUACUAAGGAAUCAAAACUAAUGCUCAUAAUACCAAAACCUGUUGCAUUUACUAUAGCCUCUGAUAGCGAGAUGUCAUUUUCUGCAAAAGUAAACAUUGUUUCCACUGAUUCUUCGAAAGAUAAAAUUAUUGACUACGUAAAGUGCAAAGAGGCAUCUUCUGAUUCCAGAAACAUCUUAAACCCCCUCCCAAACGCAGAACCUUUGAGCAAUAAAAACAUUGAGGAAAGUGUAACAGUUGGUAACAGUCAAAAGGUUAAACAUGGAUUGCACUUAGCCCCUCUCAGCAAUGACAACAGUGAGACCAGUGUAACUGCCGGCGACAAUUAUUGCCGAGACCUAAAUAAUGAAUUGCACCAAGGUCAACUGAGCAAAAGUAACAUUGAGACAAGUACACAAGUCGAUGACAAUAGCAGUCAACUGAUUGAACAUGAAAUGCAAUUAGCCCAUCUGAACAACAUAAACAGUGUGACAAGUGCAGCAGUCAGUGACAGUAAUAACCAAAAGCUUACAUAUGAAGCUCACAAAGCUACAACCAAUAUAUCAUUUCCUUUAAACAAUGUCCCCCCACUUAUCAAUAUUCCCUGUCCAAAUGAAACGCAGAGAAGUAAUGACUCUUUCGCAGACGAUGACAUUGAAAUGUCUCCUAUGAACACUGAUAGUAACUGUCGACAAUCCAGGGGUGUUUUUUAUUCACCCUCAAGUAGUAUCAAAAUUUCUACAUUAAAAUGCCCCAAAGAUUAUUUUCCUCACUUUAACUGUAUUGAAGACAAUUUGUUCCGUGAAAACAUUCUGGAUUCUAGUAAGAUAGACAUUUCAAAUAAAACCAACGGCUAUGUGCCUCAUGCAAAUGCCAUUACAGAUUACAUACCUUCUUAUGCCGUUCAAAGCUAUAUUCCUCAUGAUGGAAUGGGAAAUAUUACUAUCCAUGAAAAGAAUAUGGAUUCAAAUUCUACACCAUCAUCUUGUGCAAUUCAGGAUUCAAUUUCUACACCAUCAUCUUGUGCAAUUCAUACCAAUAUGGAUCCAGGCUAUGUUUUCUCCAAAACCGAGUUUCUAUCAGAUACUGGAUAUGUUGAACAAGGAAACAUACUACCAAGGGCCACGGAUGAUAAACAACCUGUCUCUUUUCAAGAUUACGUAGAUAAUCAAUUCAUAGCUGCUCCACAAAAGGAAACGUUAAAUUCAGAGAAUUGCGCUGACUCUUGUGAAGUGACUGAAUAUGAAUGUUUAUUGGUGAACAAGGAGGACUAUGUUUCUCAUGCUGUUUUGAAAUAAGAGAAUAAGCAGUUAAUUGUAGCAUUUCCUUUAACAUAAGAAACCCAUAUUUUGCCUAAAUAUUUAUGCAUUGUUUACUUAUGCCUCGUUUAUCGUUAUUAUUUUCAUACAUAUUGAUUACCUGAUGCACAUAUCGUACAGCCAGCGUAUAUUGAAUUGUUAAAGAAUUUUGUUCCUAUGACUAUACUCUAGUAUUGAAAGUUGUCUGUGAAGAGAUUUCUGUAAGUGGGGAGAUUUUCGUAUGGAAACAAGAAAGGAAGUAAAUAAGUAUCACAUGAAUACAACGUCCAUGGAAUAAGGACCAUUGAGUAUAAUACAUCCCAAACAGUGGUUAUCUCUUAAAGGUCCAUUACUAAGGGAAAGUGAGUUGUCAAUUUUUUUCAUAGCCAGUGCAUAGACUUCUGCAAGACACUAAAUAAUGAAGAUUGGCAGGUCAAAAUUUACAGAAGGUCUUUGGAACUCAAAGAAAUGUAUGUGUAUUAUGUUGAAAUUUCAAUGAAUCGACAGAAUGACCCCCCAGGUCUUUUUAACUUUCUUCAUACUUCAUAGAAAAAUAAUUGUACAUAUACUGCGAUUUAUUUCGAAUUUCUACAUACCAACUUUCAUUUUCCAAUAAAAUGAAAUAGUUUCUGUGCUUUUUAAAAGAAAUUAAAAUGUUCACUUUCCUUAGUAUUGGACCUUUAAACAAAGUCAUAGUUUAUCGUAUUUAGCUACGCUCUCGUGAUUUAAUUCCUUCCAUUUUGGAUUCCAAACAGCGAUUCUAUCAACGACUAAUAUCUGUUUGAGAUAUAUUAUUUCUUAAAUAAAAUUAUGGAUUCAGAGAACACUUUUGUAUAUCUGUAAUAUUCGAAGAAGAAUAAUAUCAAAUGUUGUUAAAACUAUAUUUUACCGGCUUUUAUGGUGCUUCUGAAAAAUCUUGCAGAACACAGAUACUUAUGUUUACCACGAAUCAGAUUGUCUUAAAACUUGCUAAAGGUGUUAAAUAUUGUGUCUGGGACUGUUGUUUGUCAAUAGCUGCUCAAAAAUAAUAAGAUUUACACGCUCUGAAAAUGACCUUUUUGUCUUAAAAUCUGCGAAAACAUGGCCGCGAUGUGCAAAUAAUAAGAGGCUUAUUUCAAAACUGUCCUAUUAUUCUUCAGUGAAACUUUUUGUCAAUUUAUGACUAAUAACUUGCUUGACAUACCCAUGGGCAAAUAUGUUAUAUCGGUGUAAUUACACUUUUGGAGAAAAGUGUGAUUCGCACGUUUUAAAUUCAUCAUUCGCCGCCUAGAAGAAACAAGAUGGCGGAGCUUGCGAAAUCGAAAGUAAGAAGAUUUCUUACUUUUGCACUUUUGAAAUUAAAUAUUGUAGAUUCUAGAUCUUUCUGACUGGCAGUCACUUGUUUAUCUUAUUUAUCUAUUUCCACAUAUAGUAUAGGUUUAGUAGAUUGCAUAUAACCAGUUAAUAACAUCUAGUGUGACGAGACUGGCCAGUGUCAAUGACAUAACAUUUCAAUAAUUAUUACUAAUCUAGGUCUACUAAGCACCUGUAAUUGUGAUAGAUUAGCUGUUUUCAACUUCUGAAAGUCGUAUAAAGUGACCCGUAAUUUGAUGUAAUUUGAUGUUCAGUUGUAAUGUAGUCUAACAAAUUUAAAACGGGAUCCUUCACUGUCCUAGGAAUUACAGAGGAAAAAUAUUGAGAUAUUUUUUGAUAUGGGCAAUAUCCCCACUUGCGUUAAACACUCAGAAGACCAAAAUAGUGUAAGCAGUUUCUGAUGAAAUUUAUAUCGCUGCUGACCCUUUACAUGCUAUAUGUUUAAAAGCCGAUAAUGUCACAAAUUUGAAAUAAAUUCAAAUAAAUUACAUUUAUCGAAAGGAGAUUCAGUUCCUCAUUGAUUUAUGUUAAAAUUAUGGAAUAAUAUAAACAAGAAAUGUCUUUAAAAAGACAAACGGCGUAGAGGUAAUAAUGUUUGGCGCAUGAAAAAAUCAGAAUUAAACUGAAUGUAAAGACAGAAAAUAUUUGGAUAUGCAUAUACGAAUACAUUAUUUAUUUGCAAAUAUUCCAACUAAGCAGCAAAUUUAAAUGGUCUUGAGGUAUCCUUUCAGUGAUAGAAGGUAAAAAUGAUUUGACGUCCUGGGUUGAUUCUGAAAUAACUUCGUGUUGAAUCAGAAUCCCCCAUAAGUAACCCACUAGCACAAUAAGUCGACAAGCCUACAAUUAGUUGGACUGGAAAAGGCUAAAGCAGUUGACAUGAAAAUAAAACCCUAGCUUUUAAACCACUAGUAGUGACCUCCAUAACUCUAAUUACUUGAUCAAGUUCUUAGUUAAAAAAAUUAAAGCAAAAGAUCAAACAUUUACAGAUUUGGAUACCUUCAAUAAAUGUUGAAAUCUUUUUCUUGGAUAAAGUAAUAGGUAGAUACUUAAAUAAUAUAUGAACGAAAAGUGAUUUUUAAAUUUAAUUUGCAAUUGUUGUUUGCAUAGUCAUUAUUUUAAUAAAAUUUAAAAAAAUUCAGCUGACCUACUGGCCUGCAUUGGUGUUGUUAUUGUUUUUGUCUGCACUUGCCAGAGCGAGGCUCCAGUGGGGAAAAACCCCUGGUGUCAAAUUAUGUAGGGAAUAACUCAAGUUUCGUGAAAUAAUAACAAAGAAUUAUUAGCUUUUCUGCUUUAUUUUCACGAAGAACAUGAAUUUGCCGUGUGUGCGAAACCGCGUACAGUCCGACCCCGGGUACACUGACUCUACAGUUACAACCAGCCACAACUCAUUCAUCCAUAAGCGAGGUACGCAACGGGUGAAGAAGUUUACUUUCGAUUUCUCUAGCGGUGAUAAAUUACUAAAAACUUUAAAUUAGAAUAUAUCGUUUUAGUUUAGGGUAACAAAACUACUAAAUAUGUUCCAUUUAAUACGUGCCUUCUGAUAACCAAUGUCAUUUAAGACUUAAUAAAUGGUUUAUCUUCUCAGAGCGCCCCU